CGGCCUCAUACACACAGGAGACAGGACGAACAAGAACCCUAAUCCCCAAAUCCUCCAGCCCUCUCUCAAAUCUUGAGACCCGAUCCCUAAAUCGGACCAUGGAUUGACUAUGCGGCAGCAUGGAUUGAGCUCCUGCCGAUCCCGGAUGUGGCGGGCAGCGGCGGCGGUCUGGAAGCUCGCCGGCAGGACAGGACAAGCGGAGGUUGAGCAGCGGCGUCUGACUUAAUAGCCGUCAGCCGCAGAACCGCCGUUGAUAGCCACUUCCAUUGUUGCCGCUCCGUGCUUCAGUAGACUGAUUGGCUUGCACACAGAUGAACCGCUCCAAGAACGGGGCAACCUCUGUUGCUGACCUUACAGAUGACCUUAUCAUCGAGAUUCUGUCCCUGCUGCCAGUCAAGUCAGUGUGCCGAUUCAAGUGUGUCUCCCGGCUCUGGUACAGCCUCAUCUCCCACCCUGAACACCGCAAAAGGCUUCCCCAGACCAUCUCCGGCUUCUUCUACCCCAAGCACAGACUCAAUGAUGAGUAUGAUGUGAUAACAUUUCCCACUUUUGAUGGUAUUUCAAGGGAUCAAGAGCAGCUAUUCCCUGAUUCCUCGUUGCCCUUCUUGACCGCAUACAGGCAGAUUUUCCCAAAGGACUGCUGCAAUGGCCUUAUUUUCUGCCUCUGCUGGAAGGACUCCCCAAUAGACGAAGCCGAUUAUGUGGUAUGCAAUCCUGCCACUGAGGAAUGGGUAGUCCUGCCUGAUGCUGGCCAUAAAAGUGAUGCAAUAGCCUACCGUUUGGGUUUCGAUGGAGCCAUGUCACUCCACUUCCAUGUGUUCCAGAUCCUAGAGGAUGAUGAGGACUAUGGAUAUAUCUCAGGUGUUAAUAUCUACUCAUCAGAGACAGGAGCCUGGAGUUACAAGGAAAAUGGUUGGGGCGACAAUGAGAUUCAGAUAGUUGAGAUGAGAGGUCUUUUUCAAUGGAAUGAUGCACUUGCUCACACGUGAGUUUAAGAUACUAGCAGUUGACACUGAGGGUAAGACAUGGAGGACCAUUUCUUUGCUGGAAACUAUGUGUGAUGAAAACAUUUAUUUAGGUGACCUUGCUUUUAUUGGUCAAUCUCAAGGGCGACUGUAUUAUAUAAAUAUGAGAGACAAUGAUAGCUCCAAAUUAUCAGUCUGGAUUCUUGAGGACUAUAAUGGUAAUGAAUGGAUCUUUAAGUACAACAUCAGCACUUCACAACUUUUCGGGGAGCUUUUGGGGAGAAGGAUGUCACGUUACAACGGGACUAUGCUGAUCUCUUGUUGCAAAGGGACUAUGCUUUCAUCGCAAUCCAUCCUGAAUGCAAUUUGAUAUUCUUUGUUUGGAGGUGCGAGGAUGUGUUACUGUCAUAUGACAUG